UCAAUGACUCAGCUCUGUCUCUCCAUGCAUCACACUUCUCUUGUAAUGUCACAAGCUCCAACUCACCAAACUACAAUAUUUUAUGAAUAACAGAUCAAUAAAUAUCAACAACAAAACACUUUGUGAUCAUAACACUAAAGUUGAGAAAACAGCAACAUGGGUAUAAAACUGGUCACUCACUGCUGGUAAGUCUCAGUUCAUAUUUACAGCUAUACAAGACUUAAAGAGAAUAUGUCUUAUUGGUUUUUACUGGUGAGUUGGUUCAUUCUUGUCAUUGUUACUGGACAGUCAUCAUCAGCUUGCAUCCGUCGAGAUUGUAAAGACCAUCGAGAUUGUAAGGAGCUGUAUGAUGCAGGCAACAGAUGUAGUGGAGUAUAUACAGUGAAGCCUGAUGAACUACCAGCCUUUGAGGUCUAUUGUGAUAUGAGUAAAGGAGGUGGCUGGACUGUAUUUCAAAGGAGAAUGGAUGGUUCUGUUAACUUCUACCUCAACUGGGCUGACUAUGAAAAAGGAUUUGGAGACCUCAACGGAGAGUUCUGGCUGGGACUUAACAAAAUAAACCGACUUACUGCAAGAAACCCCAGUUUACUCCGUAUAGACCUGGAGGACUUUGCAGGGAUCAAAAAAUAUGCUUAUUACCACACCUUUGGAGUAGGGAAUGCAGUUAGUAAGUAUAAACUAACUGUCACUGGAUACAAAGGAACUGCUGGAGAUAGCCUGAGCUAUCAUAAUGGAAUGAAGUUCUCUACCAGAGAUCGAGACAGUGACGGUGCCUCAGGAAACUGUGCAAUAGUUUAUAAAGGAGCAUGGUGGUAUAAGAGCUGUCAUAAGUCAAACCUCAACGGUCUCUAUUUGGUUGGGUCUCACUCCUCAUAUGCCAAUGGUGUCAACUGGUAUCAUUUCAAGGGAUACCACUAUUCACUGAAGACAUCCCAAAUGAUGCUUAAAAGGAGAUAAGGGAGUCAGUCAAAUCAACUAACAUUGAUGGACACUUGGACAGUAGCUAGUUACUUCAAGUAGAUACAGUAUUAGGACUUUUAUGAGUAGACAUGUACAUGUACAGUACAUGUACAUGUAGCAUUUUGUAGUAAUCUGUAGUAUUUUGGUUUUUUUUGCUAAAAUAUUUCACAAACUUU